AUGGCGAGGCACCAUCCCGACCUCAUCAUGUGCCGCAAGCAGCCCGGUAUAGGCGAUGGCAAGUGCCCCAUUUGCGACAGCCUGGUCCGUCCAGCCACACUCGUAAGAGUGUGUGACGAGUGCAACUACGGCUCUUAUGCCGGUCGAUGCGUGAUUUGCGGGAGCACUGGCAUCUCGGACGCCUACUACUGCAAGGAGUGCGUUCUACAAGAGAAGGAUAGGGACGGCUGCCCAAAGAUCAUUAACCUAGGCAGUGCCAAGACCGACCUGUUCUAUGAGCGGAAGAAGUAUGGCUUCAAGCGGAGAUGA